CCUUUCACCGCCUACACAUGCUCCCUCAUUAUGUGUGCCUGAACAGACCUGAUUGUGUGAGGCUCACACACACAAUGAGCACUGACAAGGCACGAGACAUGAGCCGCGGUGUGAGGUGUCUGUUAGUCAGGCCGGCUCAUAUCCCAUGUCAGCCUCGUCCUCAGCGCCCUCGGGCCAGGCCCAGUCGCUCUCAUCUCUGUCGCCCAUCAGCUGACACACACACACACACGUUUCCGCACGGACGGAAGUGCUGAGAGUGCAUGCGCGCCUCACUUUCUGUUUGAGGAGCUGUGUCUGUAUGGCGUAUUUGGCCGUGUAGUAGUCCCUCUUGGCUGCAGUGCGCUCCGCCUGCGCCACACAGACAUUCACUGGAGCAUAUGUGUAAGUAUGUAUGUCUCGGCUGGCAUUGUGGUGUGGGUACUAUGGCUUGGUUGAUAUCAGCCUCAAGCUUGGCAGCCGUCUUUGCCAGCUGGUCCUCGCCCUCCUGCCACUGGCCGUACUCGCUGCAUUCAUUGCAUGGCGACACAGAGACAUACACAUCAAUCGGCGCCUCCCUCCCCCUGUGUCUCACCCACCGUUCCGCAUCAUCGACUGCUCUCUGCGCCUCGGCCUUCUUCUCUUCCAGCCCCUUCAUAGCACUCGACACCCUACCCACUGCGUGCUGACGAGCCAAGACACACAAAUUGGUGCCGAGUGCGUGUAUGUCUGUGUCUCCGCACCUCUUUGGCCUUCUCGACCUCGUCGAUCUCGGCUGACCUGAUUGAGGUGAGGCAUGCAUGGCAUGGAGGGAGGCAUUCAAAGAAGGGCCUGGCCUGUCUGGUUGUCUCUCUGUCUGUCGGUCUUACUGUAUGUCGCGAUAUUUCUUGAGGGACGCGUUAGCAAGGGCCUCCUGCUCACGCCUUCUCUGAGCAUCCACCAAACCAACAGAGCAUCCAGCCGGUUUCAAAGGUUGGUCAGUUCGCGUAUGCGCUAAGUAUGUUUCUUGCCUGUAGUCUCCUCUGGUACCCGCUGAGGCGGGCGAGGGCUGACCCAUACUGCUGGUUGACCGACUCAAACUGACCACACCACAAACAUGGAGGGAAGUGGCUUAUUCUCAUCACGUGUUAGGCUUUAAUUGAGGUUACUUUUUCGCGUGCUUGUUUGUACGCGUUCUUGGCUUCCUUGAACGAUUUCUGCGCCUCGCUCAGUCUGUCCCAUGCCUCCUUCAUCGCUGUCGACGACUGCACAUAUGCACACGCACAGAGGAGGCGAGCGUCUGCUCGUGCCGUGGUCCUUUCCUUUGCCCCACUAGGUCCUUCUUGUGCAUGGCAUCUCUCGCCGCCUCGUGGUAGUGUCUCGCUGCCUCUGCAUCAGAACAAUUCCCAUGAAAUUGUGUUUAGGUGUGUGUCUUCUCUCGAUCAGCGUACGUUUCAAAGCGUCGACUGUGAAGAGGUACUUCUGUACCUCUUUGGCCGUGUCGGCAUGCAUCAUCUGAGCAUGCUGCGAGAAACAGGCCAGCCAGAGGAGCCGAUUCAUGCGUGUGGAUACCAGGUCUACAUACUUACGUACUUUGAUUUUGGUUGACAUGGCUUGGUGGACGCGGUCCUUCAGAUCUGGGGGCGCGCCAUGCCACAGUGAUAGCUAUGCAUAGCUAUUCAGCGAUCUUGCGGCCAGCUUACGUGCGAUGCGGGCCUCCACG